CGGCGAUUCUCCUCGCUACCCAGUGCCAGGGCCAUUCUCUCGAGCACCGUCCAAGUGCCAGUCAGCACUCGAUGCCAAAUGCAAUCGAACUGAACCGUAUUACGUAUUAAGAUUUCCCCUCGCCCAGGAAAUUCUAGUCUCACCAGUAGGCGUCUCGUCUUCCUUCCUAAUCCUGGUAGGAUGCAGCCUUUAGUAGCCAGUGGCCUGGGAAGGUUGCUGGUGAGAACCAUCAGGCCCAGCACUAGGAGUAAAUGGCUGCUGAACAGAAGCUGCUGCAUUGCGGUACCUACCAGGGCGUUUGCCCAGAGCCAUGAACCCAAGGUGACCUCGGAUCACCGCUCCGGCACGCUGGAGGAGGUGAUUCAGAAAAUACAAGAGCAAUCCGGCGUUGAUGUGGGCUACCACACGGUACCCAAGUCCAGGGACCACCUCCUGAAGCACCAGCCCAAGCACGAGGAUCUGCCGCCAAGGACCAUGCUCGACUCCCAUACCACGGUCCUGCUGCCGCUGAGCGCCAGUGAGCUGAUCCGUGAGCGGUAUGUGAACCACCUGGGGCGGGUGAGGCUGGGACGGAUCAUGGAAGAGCUGGACAUGUUCGCCGUAUGGAUAUGUCAUCGGCAUGUCAAGCUGCCGGCUCUGCCCAAGGGAGUGCCGCUUCCGUACACUUUCGUGACCCUGCUGGUGGACAAGGUGGAAUUCAUCAACCUGGAGCGGUUGCAGGUCAACCAGGACAUCCAGAUCAGUGGCCACGUCUCGUGGACGGGUCGAAGCUCCAUGGAGAUCAUCAUCUAUGUCAGGCAGCUGGCCCACGGCGAGUAUAUCGAUGUGACGAAGGCUAUUUUUGUGAUGGUUGCCAGAAAUGCCACGAAUACGGGUGCGGCGCCCAUAAAUCCACUCCAGGUGGGCGAUGAGACGGAGACCCUGAUCCAGCAGCAGGCCGAGAAGCGUCAAAAGAUGCGGCGCAUAACGGCUCAGGACUCUGUACUCACUUCCCCGCCCAGGGAGCACGAGCAGACCAUCAUGUACGAGAUUCUCAAACGCACGACGCCGCUGAACGGAAUGGAUCUGAACAAGCGAGUCCUGCCGCCGAAAUGCCGCUGGAUGGAAGACUCUCUGCAGACGACAAUGAUUGCCCCGUUUCCGGAGAACCGGAAUGCCCAGAACACCAUCUUCGGUGGCUACCUUAUGCGCCAGGCCGUCGAGAUCAGUUUCAUUAUGGCCAGCAUCUACCUGGGCGAUCGGCCCAUCCUCAAGUGCAUCUCGGACAUCAGCUUUAUGCAGCCCGUGAAUGUGAAUACCUUCCUCCAGCUAACCGCCCACGUGGUCUACACCGCCCAGAACUACGUCCAGCUGAUGACCGUGGCCCAGGUGUGGGAUCUCAAGAGCGUCGACAAGGUCCAGACCACCAAUGUCUUCUAUCUCACCUACCGGGCGGACAAGGUGCUGGAUGAGGUACUGCCGCGAUCCUACCGCGAGAUGCUCUGGCACAUCCAUGGCCGGAGAAAGCUGCUGGCGGCCCUCGAUCUGCAGCCCGAGUACCCCGAUCCUUUGCCUGUGAAUAGGGAGCAGAAGACUAUAAGCACGUAAUUCUGCUCUAAUAGUUUUUGUGAAAAUUUCAAGUGAAUUUCCUAUUUAGAUUUAUCAAUAAACUGUGUACUUUUGAAUUGUUUACAUUCGAAUAAAUCAACUAAAUUAA